AUGAUGAAUUCUCCGUUGGUACCCGGGACGAUUAAAGCGAUAUGGCAAGAAGAAAGGGAUAACGUACUUACGCAUGAACCAGUCUUACAGCUUAUUAAUGCGCCUAUUAGCGCAUUGCCGACUGGGGCUUCUCAGAGUAAAUACAGUCGUAAACCAUCUUCAGCUGCUAUAUCUCCCAUCCACGUUGAAAAGGCGUUGCAAAGACGUCAAUUAGAAAGAGGAAUGAUCUUUCGGCUUAAAUCGUACACUGUUAAUCAGGGUGGAGCUCAGAAAACAAAACUAUUAAUCAUCACUGACUUUGAAUAUAUUACAACCGAGCUAAUCCAUGGCACUCCAGAGCCGGUAGACCGCGUCAUGCAGGCCAUUCGUACUAACCCCCUAGGCAGUAACCAGUCUCAUAACCUGCAAUCAAUUCAACCCGAUUAUGUGGGAAGCAGGCCUACGGAUGAGUCUCGCGUUAACAAUGCGCUUAGAGUUUCCAGAGGAAUUAAUGCAGCUCCAGCGCCCACCAAACCAUCUGUAUCAGAACAUGUUAAUGUGUGUCCCAUACAGAAUAUUACACCGUACCAAAAUAAAUGGACAAUCAAAGCGAGAGUGGUCCAGAAGUCAGAAAUAAAACACUGGACCAAUGCGCGAGGAGAUGGGAAGCUGUUUAAUGUCACCUUUAUGGACGAAUCGGGUGAAAUACGUGCCACAGCGUUCAAUGAUCAAGUUGAUCAAUUUUACGAUAUGUUAGAGGAGAAUAAGGCGUAUUACGUCAGUAAAGCACGUGUAAAUAUUGCAAAAAAACAGUUCUCUAAUGUUCGACACGAGUACGAACUGUCAUUUGAAUCUGGAACGGAAAUCCGUCAGGCACGUUCGGCAAUACCGGCAAUUCAAUAUAAUUUUGUGGAGAUUGGACAGCUCAUGAAUUAUGAGAAAGAUUCGAGUAUCGAUAUUAUUGGGGUUGUAAAAGAAGAUCAUGGAUUGAGUUCGAUAAUAUCAAAGUCUACGCAAAAACUAGUAUCAAAAAGAGAAUUGACUAUCGUCGACAAGAGUAUGUACCAGGUCAGAUUAACUUUGUGGGGGAAACACGCAGAGACAUUUGAUGGAUCCAAUGAACCGGUUAUCGCGUGUAAAGGAGUUCGUAUCAACGAGUUCGGAGGGCGCAGCUUAACCACUAUGUAUUCAGCCAUACUUCAAAUUGAUCCAGAAAUCCCUGAAGCGGAAACUCUGAGAGAUUGGUACAAUUCAAAAGCAGGAUCCAUAGAAUUUAACAGUUUCACGCCGGGUAUGGUCGGAAUUUCUAAUGGAUCGGCGGGACAGAAUACGGACGAGCGUAAGACGUUGGCUGAAAUUAAAGACUUAAACCUCGGCAUGGGCGAAAAGGCAAGUAGUUCAAUAUUUAUACCUGACUUCUUUACCGUAAAAGGUACGAUUAUAUUCAUUCGAAGUGAGAACUUCUGCUAUCCCGCAUGCCCCGUAGACAGCAAAAAAGUCACUGAAGAGAGUGACAAGACUUGGCGAUGCGAAAAAUGUUCGAAAUCAUACGAUUCGCCAGAUUAUAGAUAUAUCCUAAGUAUCGGUAUAGCUGAUCAUACGGGGCAGGCGUGGUUACAGGCGUUUAAUGACGUUGGAGCGCAAAUAAUGGGCAAAACUGCUACUGAAUUGCAUACGCGUAAGGUCGAGGACGAGACUUCAUUUUCAGUUGCAAUGAUGGAGGCCAAUUUUAAGACCUAUAUUUUCAGAUGUCGUGCAAAGAUGGACAACUUCAAUGAUACAACGAGAGUUCGUUAUACUAUUUAUACUGCUAGCCCAAUCGAUUGUGUAGCAGAAUGUCAAAAAUUGAUUAGUAUCAUUGACAAGUAUAAUGUGUAA